UAUGCGCGCUCCUGGUCGAAACGGAGAAGACUGAGAGAAGUGAAAAAGCGCAAAUAUUUAGCCAUCCGUCUGUAAAUUAGUACAUCGCUGAGCAAUAACUACCUACACAAUGUCUGAAGAAAAGCCAAAGGAAGGAGUGAAGACUGAAAACGACCACAUCAACCUAAAGGUUGCAGGUCAAGAUGGGUCAGUCGUCCAGUUCAAAAUCAAAAGGCACACUCCGCUCAGCAAGCUGAUGAAGGCAUACUGCGAAAGACAGGGUUUGUCGAUUAGACAGAUUCGGUUUAGGUUUGACGGACAGCCAAUCAACGAGACCGACACACCUGCACAGCUUGAGAUGGAAGAUGAGGACACUAUUGAUGUAUUUCAACAACAGACCGGAGGCUCCUCCCUCUCUGAGGCUCCUCCCUCUCUGAGGCUCCUCCCUCUCUGAGGCCCCUCCCUCUCUGAGGCUCCUCUUAAAAGUGUACGGACCCCUCCCCUCCCUCUCUGAGGCCCCUCCCUCUCUGAGGCUCCUCUUAAAAGUGUACGGACCCCUCCCCUCCCUCUCUGAGGCCCCUCCCUCUCUGAGGACAGAUACACUUGAAGAGCAGCGUCACUCAACUACUUUUUUUCAUAUUUUUUCAAUUCAAUAAUCGUUCAGCGUUUUAUAUAUUUUUGUUUUGUGAUCGAUCCGCUUCCCCCCCAAGCCCUACAUGUUGUGAGGGGAGGCAGGGUUCUGUAUACAAUGGAAAACCAUGGCGUUAAGAAAGAUUGACUGUUAAAUGGGUUACAGUCAGAUUCUCUACCCACUCGUUCAAUCCCCCUUCAUGCUUUUGAAAGCAUUGCAUUGGUGCAGCAUGACUAAAGGGAGUUUCCACCACCACCAUACUCCCCACAC